AUGACCACUGUCACUACCACUACUCCACCUCUCAAUCAGUCUUCGUUUGAGCUAAGUGGCCCAUAUGGCGAUUGGAGAGACGACCUUCACAAUCAAGGCUAUGCGAUCAUUAAGAAUGCCAUCGACCCAAAAAAGGCCCAGGACUAUCAGCGCAAAGCUCUGGACUGGCUUACAUCUUUCAACACAGCCCUCGACCUUGAUGAUCCUUCCACGUGGACCAAUGACAACUUACCGGUCCAAAGCAAAGUGAAUACAUUCAAUGGAUAUUCAGUCACCCAUGAGAAAUUCAUGUGGGAUGCUCGCAUGGAGCCAAAGGUACUGGAGGCAUUUUCCAAGAUCUGGGAUACCGAUGAGCUCCUCGUCUCGUUUGACGCGCUGAACAUCACUCUGCCCAACCGAGAAGACAAGCCUGCUCAAAAGCCAUGGCCCCACGUGGAUCAGUCGCCAAUGCGUCGCGGGCUCCACUGUAUUCAGGGAAUUAUCAAUUUAAGCCAUGCGGGUCCCGAAGAUGGAUCCCUUAUGGUGUUUCCGCGGUCAAACACAGUAACCGAGGAGUUCUUCGACACUGAGACCGAUCCAUCCACCUGGGAGCAGAAGGACCUGCGCCUGUUCAGCGCGGAAGAAAUUCAGUGGUUUGAGUCUCAUGGUAUGAAACCAUCCAAGGUGCUUGCGGAGCCGGGAGAUUUACUCGUGUGGGAUUCACGUACGGUGCAUUGGGGUGGGGAACCCACCGUCAACAGCAACACGAUCCGAACGGUGAUUUAUGCAUCCUACGCCCCCUUUGAGCUAGCCACGGAAGAGAGCCUGAAACGAAAGAAAGAAGCUUUCGCCUCUUACCGAGCAACAACUCAUUGGCCCCAUGAGAACAUAGUGAUCCGCAAUGGAGUGGUGCAUCUCCCAGAUGGUAAGGUCGACCCCCGCAAUCGAUAUAUACCGCUGGAAGUGCCAGAGCACACAGAUCGGUUGCUUCAACUAGCAGGAGUAAAAUCUUAUCGUGAGCAUUUGACGUCGAUCUUCCGUAUUGCUCACAAAGCAAAUAUGAAAUCAUUUGAAUCUCGCCCUCCCGUCGACUAUCCACGGAAGCGUGCAUCAAUCGCAUGUAAUUUCUGUCGGCAUCGGAAACGGAAGUGCGAUGGACAGAAGCCGACAUGUGGCCUCUGCACCGAUGCGGGGGCUCAGGUGCAAGAUAUCCCCGCUGAAAUCCUGCUUCGCUUGACCCAUCUGGAAACCCUGAUCGAGCAACAGAAGGACGCCAUCACCGAGCUCGCAGCCCGAGUAGGCGCUUCGUCGGAUCAUCCGGGUCGGUCAAGUUCCUCUAUCUAUGCCUCGCAGCCUAAAUACGACUGGGACCCAUCACCGGAGCAUGUAUACGAUAAAUCCUCCUUCGGCCUGUUUUCACCGGAGAACACCUACGGCUCUGAAUAUGCAUUAACCAUUCCUUUCGGUCAUCAUACGCCAACUGGGAGCCUAUUUGCGUUGGAUCGAGUCAAAAAUUUGGUUGGCGACUACCCUCAAGACUUUUUCAAGCAGAUAGAGAAAAAGCGACCAUUCAACAGUAUCCAGGCCGCAGGCAUACCUCAAGCUUUUGAACAAAUCGACGUAUCCCGACUGCAUCCUCAGGUCACCAAACCUCUAAUCACCGAGUUCCUCCAUCAUGUCCAUGCAUUCUUCCCAAUUGUCGAGCCGCAGCUGUUACAAAUGCUUUUUGACACUUUCUCAACGUACACCAAGGUCAACAGUAUCCAAACUUCACUUUAUCUCGUGAUUCUGGCUCUCGGAAAGGUCUCCACGAAUCCUCAACGGAUUUUUGAUGUUGAAGCGGACAAGGAUUUGAGUGGGAUGGAAUAUUUCGCUUCCGCAUAUCACUACUUGAACAACUCAUUGAUAACGUCCUUUACAGCGGACCAUUUGUUGCCUUUAGCUUUAUUUUACGGCUCGUUGUAUCUGCGCUACAUAGGACGCCCAAUCCAAGCAUGGCAAAUGAUUCGUCAUGCAUCUGGUAGUGUGCAGAUCAUGAUAUCUGAACUACAUGACAUGAACACACACGAAGAGCGAGCGAGUCUCUAUCGGAUAGCUUGGGCCUGCUUCAUUCUCGAAUGUGACGAUCUCGCCGAAUUUAAUUUCCCUCCCAGUGGUAUUGAAGUCCUCGUGGAUAGAUUGCCCUUUCCUCGAAUUUCAGAAGAUAGCCGAAACGGCCAUCUUGUAUUCCUCGCCAUGUGCUCGAUUCGAAAGCUUCUCAACCGCGUGCACAGUGCUCUGUAUGCAAAACCUGACCAGGAUAAUUUCCAUAUCAGCCCUCCGCCCCAACACACAAGUGACACCCCCAGUGCGACUCCCCAAAAGCAGUCGAUUACAUCUCUUAAGACAAUCAGCGAGGAGCUCGAUCGUCAAUUGGAGGACUGGUUUGGCUCGCUCCCAAACCCCAUCAGGCCAACACUGGGCAAUUCAAUAUCCGCAGAUCACCCUUACGACACUUACAUUCUCGCCCGGUACUAUGCCACAAAACACAUCAUCUGCCGUCCGAGCCUUGUUUUUGCUGCCCACAGCCAGGGCAGUACAGUAUUGCCAGAGUUUAUUUUCGCGAAUUGCAAGAAGUGCGUUGAUAGCUGUCGCAAAUUCAUCUGGGCGGCAUCGCUUCUUAUGAUGCAGAGAACACACUCAAACUGGCAUCGAAUGCAAGCAAUUUUGGCUGCCAUUUUUACUCUCUCGACUGCGAAAACCACGCCGGCUUUAGAGCCCCUUGUUCCGGACUUCGAUGAGCUAGUGAAAGAAGCAAUUCAAUGCGUUGAACCAUGGGCGCAGUAUUGCGAGACCGCGGAUACAGUCGUCAGCAUGUUGAAGACAAUCCGCCAGAAAGUGCGAGUGUUAGCUCGGGGAGCUUAG